AUGUCGCAAGCUGACGAACAACAGACCGAGGAACGAGACUCCGCUGAAGCGUUUUCCGAACGCGAGAAAGCUAUUGGGAACAAACUCUGGGGCGUCUACAUCUCCGAGGUGGAGAAGUACGAUCAAGGUCUCAUCGAUGGCUGGCGCAGUGAGAUGGACGGCCUGUUGAUCUCCGUGCGGCUCCGAACGACCAUGUUCUCCUCCCCCUCCAUCCGCUCGCGCGUGUACAUGUAUCUCUACUACGGUUUGCGCCGCUUCAAUCUGCAUCUUGUUGUUGGGUCUGGUGGUGUUUCUUGUGCCAUCAACAUCAUCAUCACGGGCAUCUCUUCCGCUCUUCAGGGCCUCUUUGUCUUGGUCUACCCCUCCGACUCUGCUGCCGAACUUGAAGACAUCCGUGGGAUUACGAAAACAGCAAGCCUCGCGGCGUGUAUCAGGCCCAUUUCCACAGCGCGAUUGCCGAGUAUCUUCGACGACAAGGCCUGGUUCCGCGCCGUGCUCGGCCUUGCCACUGAUGAACGGACGGAGCGGGCAUCGGCUGGGCAAGUUUAUGGUUGUGCAUGUGUGGGUGUUUUGGCCACCCUCUUCGAGCAGUGUGCCGCCCAGAGUCCAGAUCAAACAGAGCGGGACCUAGACUUUGCAACGCUCUAUUUGGUGGAACGCCACGUAGGCAUUUCCAUUCCUUCGGUGAUCCCGAUCGGACUGGAAGGUCGAUUCGCUGCCGCCACCGCUGGAUUCAUCCGCAAAUAUCCAGAGAACUAUUCUGCGGAUAGGGUUGGGCUCUUCUGCUGGUUAUACGGUUAUAUGACCGAUGUGGAUGCAUUGCGUGUCCUGGACACGGUUGUGUCGGAGGUGCAGACGGAAGACCAGCAGGAAGAACACAGGGACCAUGCUCAAGAGAUCCGGGAAGGGAUACAGAAGCGACUCCGAUCCGCGCACAUCCCGGCCGAGUCUGUCCUGCUUGGGAGUGACGGGGAGUAG